AUGAUUCGCUUCUUAGUCCUCCCCCGAUACGGCUCCCAGUCGACGCCAGUCAUCACCGCCGCCGCCUUCAUCGCCCUCGCCGUCGUCUACCUCCUCCGCUUCAACGGCCACAUAACGCCCUUCACAUCGGCCUCCUUCAGCUUCCGGACCUCCAGGGUCUCGGGCCUCAACCUCGACGCCAUCAACUCGACGGCCCAGUACUUCGUCGACUACCCCCUCGGCCCCCCCUACAAGAAGGUCUUUGGCGAGCUCGGCGAGCGGACAAAGGUGUUGCGGUCGUGGAUCGAGGCGCUCGAGGAGAAGAACGGCGGCGGCAACGGCGACGGGCUGCGGGUUGUGGGCGCCGAGAGGCAGUUCCUCGACGAGACGGUCGAGCGAGUCGCCUCAUCCCUGUUCCCCUACCUGCAGUCUCCGCCGAGGGAUAUUCACAGCCAAUCCCCGCUUGCCGAUCUCAGGCGAAGCUUUUCAACUGCCGGCGCUCAUGCUCGGCAUCCUACGCAGCAGCAGCAGCAGCAGCGCGUUGGUGGAGACGGAGACACCACGAUGGGUUACACUCACCGGAACGCCGGCAUCGUCAUCCCCACCGGACGGGGCACAUUGCGCUUCGCGUGCCAUCUGGUGGCGUCGUUGAAGCAUGUCCACCGGACAAAGCUGCCGAUCCAGAUCGUCUACGCCGGAGACGAGGACCUCUCGCAAGAGAACCGCGACACGAUAGCAGAGGCCGCGGCCGGGGGCGAUGACGGGCACGUCGAGUUCUUGGAUAUCCUGACCGUCUUCAACGACACCACGCUGAGGCUGGCGGAGGGAGGGUGGGCGAUCAAACCGUUCGCCGCGCUGGGCAGCCGGUUCGAAGAGGUCAUCCUCCUGGACGCCGACGUCGUCUUCCUGCAGCCCCCGGAGCAGCUGCUGCAACAGCGCGCGUACCGGGAAAGGGGGGCGCUGCUCUUCCACGACCGGCUGCUCUGGAAGGACGAGUUCCCGGACCGGCACGCCUGGUACCACGAGAUGCUCAAGCACCCGAGCGAGGAGCUGCAGAAGUCGCUGGUGUGGACCGAGAAGUACGCCGAGGAGGGCGACUCGGGCGUCGUCGUGCUCGACAAGGGCCGGCUGGACGUGCUGAUGGGCCUGCUGCACACGUGCUGGCAGAACUCCUACGACGUCCGCACGUCGUGGACGUACCGGAUCACGUACGGCGACAAGGAGACGUGGUGGAUCGGCCUCGAGACGACGGGCGCGGCGUACGCCUUCUCGCGGCACUACGGCGGCAUGGUCGGCUGGCGGACGCCGCUGGCGGGCGGCGGGGGGUCGGCGCAGACGGGCCAGACGCAGGUGUGCAGCUUCGUGAUCGCGCACGUGGACGAGACAGACGACCUGCUGUGGUACAACGGCGGCCUGCUGAAGAACAAGAUGGACGACCCGGCCGAGUUCUCCGUCCCGACGCACUGGAUGAUCGACCAGCAGUGGGUCAAGGGGGCGAGGAAGAAGGACAUGAGCUGCAUGGUCGGGACGAACGCGAGGGUGCUGUCGACGCACGAGACGGGGGUGUUGGAGCAGAGCGUCGAGGCGGCCAAGGAUGUUGACUAUAGGCUCGAGUUGGUGUAG